AGAGGACGGGGUAGGUUCCCUCGGCUGUCAGUCAGCAGGAGCUGCCCGGUUCGGGACGAGCUGAUCGCGAAAUAAGGACUGGCCCUGCGGAGAGCAGAGCACAGAGAGCUGGGGUGUCCAGCACUGGCCCCCUCCCCUGCCCGGCAGCAUCUCCUGUUCGGCAUCUUCCUCCCUCCAGCCCCAGUCCGGUUAAUCCCGCGUCAUCUCCAGCGAGGAACUGCCUUCUAACUUCGGCGCCGACGCCAGGUCUGCCUGCACGUCGUGGGCAGGAUGGGGGUUGCGGCAUCCUCUCUCUGCCCCGGGGGCAGCCAGCCUCCUCCUCCUCUUCCUCCCACCGCCGAGCCCCGCGCUGGAAUCCCUUCGGCACAGCCUCUUCACCAUGUCCUGCCAGGGCCGGAAAGCCCUCAACCGAGUGCCUAAGCGGGACCGGCCCCAGCCCCACGGACAUAUCCCGGCUCCAGGCGGAACAACCCCAGCUCCGCGGACAGAUCCCGGCUCCGGGCGGAACAACCCCAGCCCCGCGGACAGAUCCCGGCUCCCACCGACCGGCCCCAGCCCCGCGGACAGAUCCCGGCUCCCACCGACCGGCCCCAGCACCGCGGACAGAUCCCGGCUCCGGGCGGAACAACUCCAGCACCGCGGACAGAUCCCGGGGUGCCUCCGCGCUCCGCCGGCGGGAGAGAGGGAGGGAGCUCGGCGCCCGCUCCAGGCUCGCUCCGUGCCUUGGUGCCCCGGGUUCCUGCGUACUGCUGGCAGCCCGCUGCGGUAGCGGCACUCGGCUCUGCCGAGAAAUCUCCCCGCAAGCACUGCCACCCACCUUGCUCACGGUGCCAGAAGAGGGCUUGUAUUUGGGUUCAGAAUCUGUCUUCCGUGGAUCGGGAUUUAAGAGCUUGGACGGUGCCUGUUUACAGUGGUGUAUGAGUCUACAGACCUCGAGGUGCACUACAGAGUUAGAAAGAAACCCUGGAUCUGUCACGGCGUGGACGGCUGAAAUAAACCCUAUACAACCAGCAAACCCAACCCAGGCCUUCCUGCCUCCCUGCAACGAACUUCACACACGCACACCCAGCCGUGAGAAUUCCCUCCUUUCCUCCUCUCCCCAUGCUUCUUCCUUCAGCGACUGUAGGAUGAGGCAUUUUCUUCUAUCUGGCUCAGGGUAAAAGCAUACCCUGGGGGCAUCGAUAUACAUCUGGCAGGGACUGAAAGGUUUUAAUCCAGCCUCUACUGCAAUCAACAAUGGCAAAUGAACCAGUGAUUCUGAAUGUUUAUGACAUGUACUGGAUAAACGAAUACACCUCCACCUUGGGCAUUGGUGUCUUCCACUCCGGCAUCGAGAUCUACGGCAGAGAGUUUGCCUAUGGAGGGCAUCCCUACCCUUUCAGUGGGAUUUUCGAGAUCACACCUGGCAGUGCGGUAGAACUUGGCGAGACCUUUAAAUUCAAAGAAUCCAUUGCCUUGGGCACUACAGACUUCACAGAGGAGGACGUGGAUAAGAUUAUGGAAGAGCUGGGCAAGGAAUACAAAGGAAAUGCAUACCACUUGAUGCACAAGAACUGUAAUCACUUUUCUUCUGCUCUGGCUGAGAUAUUAUGUGGGAAAGAGAUCCCCCGCUGGGUGAACCGCCUGGCCUACUUCAGUUCGUGCAUCCCCUUCCUCCAGAGCUGCCUCCCCAAGGAAUGGCUGACCCCAGCAGCCCUGCAGAGCCACAUCAGCCUUGGCCUCCACAAGGAGGAACAAGGGGACACAACGGAUGAGGAGUCCCCCUCCACCUCUGCAGCCCCCUCAGCCUCAGGCACAUCGCGAACCUGUAGACAUACACGGGUCUAAACUGCCCAGGCUGCCCCCAAAUAACAUCCCUGCUCUCUUGCUCUAUUUAUUUCUCACACCCUUCCGCACACACUGGUUUCUCUUUCCAACAGACAACACAGGGGAGGGAAGACCCUUUCUGCUUCAGUCCCUUUUCCAAGGACUGCCACUACAGUUGCUUGGCAAAACGACUGUGAAGCCCAACACAGAACUGAGGAUUGUGGUGACUAAACUGUAUUUUCCUCCAGGGGCCUCCAUGAUCCUUGAUCUACAGAGAACUGCUGACUCUCUCAGGCAUGAGAGCAUGUGUAUGGGCAGAGUGCACAUACUGUGAUGUUCCUUCUCUGGAACUGUUUUAUCUUUUUAUCUCUCCCUGUACCCAUUUAAGCCCAGCACUCUCUUCUCUGUUUUGGCUGGGUUUUCCCUUCCCCAAUGACAAUUCACCUGUCCACAACCAGUGAAGGAACCAGAGCCAGAACUCAACCUUCUCAUCUUUUAGACCAGCAACAAAUUCCACUCAGAUCCAUCCCUUUUGUAAUUAUCAGGUUUCUAACUCAUGUGAAGGACAAAUGAAAGGUGCUCCUGUUCUACAACCACCUGUUUUCAGUACUCAAAUUUAAGAGCUUGAACGACUGUCCUGCUCUUGAAAAUAAUAACAAAGAACCUAGAAAAUGAAUGUGUUACUGUGGCUUUUCUUUGGGGUCAAAAAGAGAAUGAGGUUGUGGUAAUUAGAGGCAGCUACUAAGUAGAUGCAGAGAUGACUUGACCAUAUUGGUGCUUUUUGGCACAGACCCCUCUCAGUUUUCCUAAUCCUAGGCAGUGUUUCUGGUUUCCUUUUUUCCCCCAGAUUUCCUGGGGAAUCUCUCUCGUAGCUGACAUUUGCUGGCUGUAUUUGGGGAAAUGGCCUUCCUGAGAACAAGGAAGAGGAGAGUGAAUCUGUUUGGAAGCUCUAUCUCAUUGGAGGAUCUUUUGGACUCCGUGAAUUUGCUCAGAUAAGAUACGAUGUUCACAACCUACAUGGCAAGGUUGAUCCAGCUUUGAAAGAAAAAUUUAAAAAGAACACUGUGACACUGGA